GUCAUGGGAGCCGGGGAUAUGGCGACGGUUGGCAAAUCGGAAGGUGACGGCGCUGCUGAGGAAGCCGCAUCCACGGUUGCAGUUGAAAAAACAUCUAACGAAAGGGCUGCAGAACAAGGGACAGCAGCUGAAGGCGGGGCAGGCGCAAAGGAAGCAGCAGAGGAGGCGGCUGCGGAGAAAGCGGCCGCGGAGAAAGUGGCCGCUGAAAAAGCGGCUGCGGAAAAGGCAGCUGCCCAUAAGGCCGCUGAAGAGAAGGCAGCUGCUGAAAAGGCGGCGGCCGAGAAGGCAGCAAAGGCAGCAGCUGAGCAAGCUGCAGCAGACAAAGCCGCAGCAGAUAAAGUUGCCGCCGAGAGGGCUGCAGCUGAGAAAGCAGCCGCAGAGAAGGCAGCGGCGGAGAAGGCCGCGGCUGACAAAGUACUUGCUCAGAAGCUUGCGCAGGAGCAGGCGCAAAAGACUGCUCAACAGGCUUCCGCGGCGGCACUCGCCGCGGCCAAGGCCCAAGCAGCUGCUGAAGCCGAGUUGCGCAACGGACGCCAG